GAAGGUAUGUGCCGCGGCGCAGUUUGUUUCGCUAGUAAUCAGCAGUAAAAGUGGUCACGUUGGUUAUCAGUGAAACUUGUCUGGAUAGGUGCGAAUGUGAAUGAAUUCUCGCGAAGUGUUAUUGUUUUAAUAAAUUAUUAUUUUGCUAAUUUUAUGACAUAGCUAUGGCUAAUUUGAAGCAUGCCUACGGUGGAAUUGAAGGUGGUAGCACGAAAACAAUUUGUCAUUUGGUGAACGAAAGAGGAGAAUCGUUAGUUGAAUGCAUCGGAGGUAGUUCAAAUCUAUGGAAUAUUGGUUUCGAUGAAACUUGCAAAAUGUUGAACUCGUUGGUCAACGAAGCCAAGGAGAAGGCGAAAAUACCAAUUAAUCAACCUUUACGUUCACUGGGUCUCGGCUUAAGCGGAUUGGAAACCAAAGAAAUAAUAGAAAAAUUGGAAUCUGGUUUGAGAGAAAAAUAUCCCCUACUAAGUGAGAACUAUUACAUCGGUAGCGAUACAAAACCUCCUUUGGCUAUGUUGAAUAACGAAGAACAAGGUGGAAUUGUUCUCAUAUCAGGCACCGGUUCUAAUUGUUUACUUAUAAAUCCCGAUUCGAGUGAAAUACAAUGUGGUGGUUACGGCGAACGACUGGCGGAUGAAGGGAGUGCAUACUGGUUGGCUCAUGAAUGUAUCAAGAUAUGUUUAGAUGAACAAUUCAGAUUGAGUAAACCACCUCAUGGAUAUUCAAUCGAGAAAUCUUGGAAAGCAAUUCAGAAUUUUUUCAAUAUUUGUAGCAUGGCUGAUUUAGUGCCUUUAUUUUAUGAAAACUUCGAUAAAAUGAGAAUCGCUAGUUUUUGCAUUGAAAUUAGCAAAAUGGCUCGUGAAGGUGAUCCUUUAAGUAUUUACUUGAUGGAGCUCAGCGGUACUUAUCUUGCUAAAUACAUACAAGCAGUUUAUAACCAAGCUGAUGAGUGUUUAAAAACUUGUUCAGACGGACUCCGCAUUGUCUGCGUAGGAUCUGUAUGGAAAAGUUGGGAUUUAUUGAAGAAAGGAUUCGAAGAACAGUUGGAAAACAAAACAGAAUUCGCUGUCGUUGAUAAAAUCAGUUUAAUGUUUAUGAAAAAAUCUCCCGCCAUAGGAGCUGCCUAUUUAGGUGCUCGCGUUAUCGGCGUUGAAUUGAGUUCUUCUUUCGACGAUAAUUAUUCCAUUUUUUAUCGUUAUAUUAGGUCGAAAAGGGUUUAAUUCUUAAAACGCCUUAUUUUUGUGCCGACGAUAUUGUUUUUAUAAUUUUCCUACCAUGAUUUUUAAAAAGGGUUUUAUUUUAUAUUAUAAUUUUAGUAGGUAUAUUAUUUAUCCGUAAGAUUUUGUACGAAAAUUCGUAUUAAAUUGAAUUACUGUGAUAUAUAGAAAAACUAGUGCAAUUUUUAUGUAUCUAUAAGGUCUCAACGCAAUAGCGAUUAUCUUCGUGUUCUUUUAUCGCAGAAAAAAUACUGCAAAACUCGUAACAAGUCAAGGUUUUGUGGAAUUGUUGAUGUUUUUUUACACGUGUUUCUUUUUUUUUCAAUUAAAUUGAGAAUUUCCAGUACCCAUUCAUGAUGUUCGUAGUUCGUACCUAAUACUCCAUGUUUUAUUAUGUUGUUUAUAUCGAUGCAUACAUAAUUAAUUAAAAACUAUAUCGUUUCA